AUGGGUUCCCCAGUGCGCUGUGCUCCUGUUCUAGUCCUCUCACUACUGGGUCUGUUCUGUUAUACUCCCCCUGUAAGUGGCCAGGAUCUACAAGAGAGGGACGCUCUGUGCAACAAGGACGGCUGCUUCGUGGUCUACUUCCAGCGCAAGACCUUCCUGGACUCCUGGAGGAGCUGCAAGGAGAAGGGAGGCAACCUGGCCACAGUCAAACACCAGGAGGAAGCUGACACUAUCGCUGCUCUCUUCUCUGGCGUGGAGCUACGUGGCCCGAGGACCAAGGUCCAGGUGUGGAUCGGUCUCCAGAGACAGCCUCGCCAGUGUACCGCCUCUCGCCCUCUCCGUGGGUUCUCCUGGAUUACAGGUGACCAGGAUACCCGCUACACCAACUGGCUGCGGGACGACUCGCCCAGUACCUGUUCAGCCCCACGCUGUGUGGUUAUGACCUAUGGCACAGCCGCCCACGAGCAGCAUGAUAAUUUUAAAUGGCUGGACGGCUCGUGUUCGGUGCCAGUGGAUGGCUACCUGUGCCGCUACACCUACAAGGGCAUGUGCCCGGCAGUUUGGAGCGAGGGGAUUGGCAAUGCCCUCUAUAGUACCCCCUUCAGCCUCCUCAGUAGCCUCCUUACCCACGUGCCCUUUGGAUCUGUAGCCACGGUGCCCUGCCCGGGGGGCACCAAGGAGGAGCAGUCUGUUCUGUGUAUGCUAAGGGAGGAUGGCACUGUGGGGUGGUCCAGGGAGACACCCCUCUGCUCCGACACCGCAGAGAAGAGCUGGUGCGAUCGGAACAAUGGAGGGUGUGAGCAUUUCUGCCAGGAGGCCGGGGAGCACUACUACUGCGAGUGCUCGGACGGCUUCCAGCUCGGCGACGACGGGCAAACAUGCGUCGCUGCCGACCCGUGCCAUAGUGCCCCCUGCGAGUUUGAGUGCCUGCCCCUGUCGGACGGCUACCGCUGCGCCUGCCCCGAGGGCUACAUGCUUGCCCCAGAUGAGCGCGGCUGCCUAGACGUGGACGAGUGCCUGCAGAGCCCCUGCGAGCAGCUGUGCGUCAAUGCUCCAGGGACCUUCGAGUGCCGCUGCCGCGAGGGCUACCGACCGGUCGAGGAGGGAGAGUGUGAGGACGUGGACGAGUGUAUGGAGGACCCGUGCGAACACGCCUGCGAGAAUACGCCCGGCUCCCAUGUUUGCCACUGUCACCUGGGCUUUUCCCCUCCUCCCGAGGAACCCUCCCACUGCCAGGACACUGACGAGUGUCAGAUCCCUGGGACAUGUCAGCAGAUGUGUGUGAACUACGAGGGAGGCUUCGAGUGUUACUGCGAGGUGGGCUACGAGCUACUCUCGGACCACUUCUCCUGCAGGAAGAUAGGUGAGGGAGAGGACUCAUCCCCAGCAGCCACGCCCUCUUACCCAUGGGUCACCCGCCACCCCGGCCCCAUGUGGAACCCCCACGAACCUGUGUACCACUGGACCCCCGCGCAGACCAACACUGACUGGCCUCUGGAGACGGAAGAGUCCCUGGACUGGCUCACAGACCCCCCCAGGGUGGAGAAUGAUGUCAUCUGGGUCACCAGCGCACCCCAGCAGGAGCCCGUCACAAACCACAACCCAUUCAUGGUCCCCCCCAUGGAAGAGCCCGAGGAGGAGGAAGAUGAAGAAGAAGAGGAGGAGUAUACUCCAGGCUGGAGCACCGUGAUUUUGAAUUCUCCAGCCCAGGUCCAGCCCAAGCUAGAAUCCAUGCCCAGUCCCUCUCCCAGCCCCGAACCCACCUCUACCCCCACACCAACUCCCACGCCCGACUGGUACGAGGAGGAGGAUGACGAAACCACUACCAGUUCCUCAGUUCUCCCUACUUCCACUAUCUCGGGAGGGGCGUGGAACUGGCUCUGGUUCAGCCCAGCCAGCCAGGACCAAGUACUCACCACGUGGCAGGAGCCAAUCACUGACCAGUAUGUCCCUGUGUCCAACUAUGAUGAUACUGUUGAUAAUGAGGAAGAGGGGGACAUUGACAAUGGGUGGGUGACUUCCCCUCCAGAGCAGGACCAGGGCCAGGGUGAGAACCAGGACCAGCACACCCCUUCGCUGCCUCCUCCAGUUGCUCCCAAAACCCCCAUCACCCCCAACCAGGGCGUGGUGGAGGUAGAGGGGGAGAAUGAGAGGGAGCCGCCCCAGGAGGACGAGAGCAGCCAAAAGCAGGGUGGUGGCAACUGGCUGCUGGUGGGCCUCCUGGUGCCCCUCUGCAUCUUCAUCAUUAUUAUGGUGGUGCUGGGCAUCGUCUACUGCACCCGCUGUGCCGUCACGCCGCGUAACAAGACCGCCACCAACUGCUACCAUUGGAUCUCCGGGGCGCACGACAAGCAGGGCGCGCCCAAUCCCAGCAAGGGGAUGCAGUCACACGUUUAA